ACAGAAUGUCAAAACCGUCCGAACGAGAUUGGUCGCAAUCUAAGUUUGAAGACGUGUUGCUCACAUCAACGGGAAGAAGGAUUUUAGCCAGAUGCUAGUUAGGCACUAAACUCGCUUAUUAAUGAACACAGUCAAUAGGGAAAGUUUAAACAAGUUUGUCAAUCAACCCGAUAAGUGACAAUUCGUGAUGUAUAGUUAGCUGUCUAUUAAAGAAAAGUAAAAGGGAGCUAGUACGGUUGUUUAGAUGGAUAGCUAGCUAGCGAACGGUAGCCGUUGUUCUUCGUGACCUGUCUUUCAAGUAACUAACCAGCUGUUCUACUACUAACUAGUUAUUAUCUACAGCUAAAGCAUCUCAAACUAGCUAGCUAUUAGCUAGUAACUUAGUUAACGUUACUAUGUAGCUAUCUAGCUAAUAGUUAUAACGUUAGCUAACUAAAUAACUUUCAGCUAACUACUAUACCUGGUUUAGCACUGGCUAAACACAUUAGCUACUAGCUGGCUAGAUAGUCUACGGCCUUGAUUCGGCUUGACAGGUGCUAAUUUAUUGCCACAGUGAAGUCCGGCUAACUACAACGAUGUCACGCAGGCGGAUUGACAGCCGCAAUGGACCGACUGGGCUGUUUGGAGAAAUUCAAACCCAUAUCAAUACGGAACCGAUGGACAGUGUUUAUGACAUCACUGGCGAGUUGGGCAGGGGGAAAUUUGCGGUGGUGAAGCGGUGCGUGGAGAGGUCCACAGGGAAGGUGUUUGCCGCCAAGUUCCUGCGGAAGCGGCGUCGGGGCCGAGACUGCCGGGCCGAGGUGGUGCACGAGAUGGGUGUGCUGGAGGCGGCCCGGAACAACCCUCGCGUGGUUAACCUGCACGCUGCCUAUGAGACAGACCACGACAUCAUCCUGCUGCUGGAAUAUGCGGCGGGGGGUGAGAUCUUUGACCACUGUGACUGUGAUGAGCUGCUCCCAGAGGGCCAGAUCACACGGCUGAUCAGACAGACGCUGGAGGGCGUCCACCUCCUCCACCAGACCAGUGUGGUGCACCUGGACCUCAAGCCCCAGAACAUCCUACUAACCAGCCUGGCUCCGCUGGGGGACAUAAAGAUUGUGGACUUUGGCCUGGCACGCAAACUGGGCAUGGUCGGAGAGCUCCGAGAGAUCUUGGGCACGCCUGAGUACGUGGCUCCAGAGAUCCUGAACUAUGAGCCUAUCACAACGGCAACUGACUUGUGGAGUGUGGGAGUGAUCGCCUACAUGCUGGUGACGGGCGAGUCUCCAUUUGCAGGGGAUGACAAGCAGGAGACGUACCUGAACGUGUCACAGGUCAACGUGGACUAUAGCCAAGACGCCUUCUCCAGGGUGUCGGAGCUCGCUGUCGACUUCAUCCGCAAGCUGCUGGUCAAAACUCCAGAGGACCGGCCCAGUGCAGCCGACUGCAUGACCCACCCCUGGCUGUGGCAGCAGCAUCAAUACCCAAGUACCGAGCCUGUCCUGCCACGAACCCCCCGUGAGAGGAGCAGCGGUACCAAGUGGGCUGCCCCAGCCGAGGACCCAGAGGACAAGGAGAACUUCACCUUGGAUUCACCCCACACCCAGGCCAAGAGGUUUCGCUUUGAGGAGGAGACACCUGCCGCCACCAACGGUGGAGACGGGGACUUCUGAGGGGGAAAGAGCGACGCAAGCGCACCCCUCCCGCAAGCGCACCCCUCCCGCAAGCUCCUAUUUUGCUUUUAUUGGUUUUAUGCAGCAAGGAACCUGCCGGCAAGUGUCGCCUACCCAAGAGCGCUUCUGUUCUGUUCUACUGCUCGCCAGUAUCCAAGAGCGCCCAGCCAAACCAAAGAUAGCCAGCUUCCUUUGUGAUCUAACGUCAAUUCGUCACUGUUUCUGUGUAGUUUGUAUUUCUAAAUAAUGCAUUGAUUUAAGAUAAGUAUUUUAUUGUGAGCUGAUUUAGUCCUUUCUAGUGUGUCUUUGAUUUGUCAGGUAUAUUUUGUCCCUGAAUUUAAAGAAUGAGGCCAGAUAUAGCUCAAGGGAAAUCUAUGCAAUACUGUUUUGCCACAAGUAACUUUUAAAUAGUCAACAAAUUAUUACUUGACCAUUUUUGCCAGGCCAGUAAGUGGUCGUAAAAGUGUUCUUAGAUGCCCCAAAGUGUUCUUAGUAUCUUGUGCUAAAAUCAUUCGACAGAACACUGAACUGUGCAGAUAUGGGCUAAAUCAGACUAUUUGAGGAAGUGAAAGUAAAGUACGUCAUCACACCAUGUCCUUGUUUGCCUGACCCAAGCUGUACAUUACCUCCCUACUCUCAAACAAGCUUUAGGCCAUGGCUUGCGCACAUUAUAUUCUGUGACAUUCCCUUAUCUUGCUCUCCAGCACGCCACAUCUCAAAGCACAGUAUGUCAUCUUAGACAGGUUGUCUAUGCACAGUACCAAGCCCUGGCCUGCAUAAUUAGUAAGCCAACAAGUCACACUGGUGUCUGUCUAUAACAUUUACAGUUUACUGUUAACCCCAACUCUUCCUCUGAUUUACAAUUCCACAGUAAUAGAGAUUUAAGAGGGUUCUGUAAAAAGGUGACUCAUGGACAGUGGACACCACACCCAUGCUUACUUAAAUGUCCUUCAAAUGUUGUCAGUUCCUUUUGAGUCAUUUGCUUGGGGGAACUGUGACUGAAGCAUUUAACUAUUUGUCAUCUGGGUAUUUCAUUUGCUUAACUGGAAAAAGUGGUUUAGAAUUACAUGUUUUUUUUUGUGUAACUUGAACACAAUGUAUUUCCUGAAGUAAUUUAAUCUGCAUUCCUUUAAUUGGUAUUAAAAAGCUACUUUUUUUUUUUUUUUUUAUGGCUAGGAAGCCUAAAGUUUAAUGGGAGUCGGGUAGAUUUGGGAAUCAUAACAGAUUGUAUGUGUAUGCAGGCGAGUUUAUUCAGUCUUAUUCCUCUGUUCAUUCCAUUUCCUCAUCUCAGGGCAAAUUACCUUUCACUUUGGUCGUAACUACCGUGUGCCUCUUUGUAUUUGCUCUUUAUAUACGUUUUAUAUUCUAAUCUGAUUCUCAAUAUAUUUAUAUAAUGGGAUGGUGUUUUGUUUAUAUUUAGAUGUACAUAUGUGUGUGCUUUAUUUAACUGGAUUCAGAUGGGUGUAUUAAGAAGAUACGGGUUGUAUGGGAUAUAGUAUUGAUGGCACCUCUCAACAAAAAGCUGUUUUGGUAACGGAGGUGACAUGAAAUUGAAAUAUACUUUGGUUGUGAAGUGGUGAAUGUGGGAUUAGCAUGAAAGGUUUGGAAAAGUGAUUAGAGAUGGAGUUUGGAUUUAAAAGAGAAAAGAUGGUUAUGAGGAAAGGGUAUGGCAUUGAGAUGGUUACAGAGGACGAGAAAACAUUGGUUACGGAAGUGAUGUCGGUAAAGGUUACGGAGUUGACGGUAGAAAAUGUGGACAAACUUUUUGGUAAUGCAGUCGAUAAACAGGAGAAAGGUUUUGACUGAUGUUUGUACAGUUUUACAAGCAGAGCACUUCCAUGUAGAAAAUUGAAGUGAUCUGUUGAGCACGUUCCCCAUCCAUUUGUGAACUUAUGAAAGAAUAACCCACCCUGAAGAAUUUAUGUGAACCCUAACUGCCAGCAGACCGUAGCUGAACAUGUCACUUUGUUCAAGGAGGUGCAAAGACUACAUAUCCUUGUUUGUUGUGGUCCUCAAGGUUUCCCAGAGAUGUCACCGGCCUAGCACACACAAUAGCCUUUGUCUUCGAGAGGGCUGUCUCCAGUCACGGCCACGCUCUCACUGUAUGCUGUCAUCCUAAAGGAGAACUGGAACACGUCAUUAGUGAGUGGUUCAGUAGUCAGUACCGUCCUCCGUUCAAAGACAGACACUUAAAUGAAAACCAGACGUUCGAGGUACUGCUGACACCAAUCGGCAAUAAGUGGACUUGUACAACUUGAUUAUAUUUGUAAGGGCUCCACUGCUGAUUUCAUUUUGUAUGGCUGUCUGAAUUUACUUUUACAUACAGAUACUAGUCAAGUGACCUGUGUGUUCUCUGGGGACAAAGGUGACCAGUUUGCACUCUUCACAUUCCUGUGGUGAGAUCUUCUCCCACUUUACCAGGGUAAUACUGAAGGAAACAUCUGAGUCAAACUCAUACCAGUUAGAAGCACAAGCAAUAACCUUCAGACAGAUGUUUAUUUCACAUUUGAUAGAUUUGUAGGUAUAUUCCAUUUGUUUUUAGAAUGGAUAUUUUCAAAUGCCCAUUUGUAUCUUCUGAUCAACAUCAAUCUAAUAUUUAGGUGUCAUCAGCAAACAAGAAUGCUUAUUAAAGAUGAUAGAAAACCUU